AAUAAAAUAAAUUAAGUGACAGUUCGAUAAAUUAAUUAAAUAAAAUACAUUUUAAACAACUUAGUGAAAAAAAUGUUCAAGACAAAAAAAUAUAAAAAAAUCUGGGAUAAUUUGUCAGUGAAAUUAAAUAAUAUUGACUUAUUAUUAACUGACAAUAAUAAUGAUGAAUUAAUUAAUUUAAUAAAUAAUUUAAGUAAAUUAUCACAGGAAUUGAAAUCAGUUUUAUUAAAAAAUAAUGAUAAUGAUAAGAUAAAAUUAAUUGAAUUAUUUGAUGAUUUUAUUUAUGAAACAAAAUCCCGGGAAAAUUUAAAAAAAAAUUUAUCACUCAAUAUGGAGGAGUUUAAAAAUAAUUUAAAGACGCAAUUUAAAAUGAUUGAGACUAAUGAGUCUAGAGAUUUAAUUAAAAAAUCUAGAGAUUUACUGAAUUAUUUUAAUGAAAUUAAUGAUAAUUUUGAGCUCAAUAUUUACAAAGUGAGAAAAAUCGGAACUUCUUUAAUUGAAAUAAUUGAGGGAUUAAAAAAAUAUUUGAGUGAUUUAUUAUCACCUGGAAUGAGAGAAAAAAUUUAUUUAUGUGCGACGCAAUUAAUUGUUACCUUUAAAUUACUAAUUGAUUUAAUAAAUGAGCAGACGGAAAUUGGAACGCAGAUUUGCGGAACAAGAAUUUAUUUGUUUAAUUGUUUUAGCGUUUGUUUGAAGAUAAUUAUUGAUACAAUCGAAGGAAAUUAUUUUACUGAUGACGAAGAAAUUUAUGAGGAAGAGAAUCAUUUUAUUUAUAAAAUGGAUCUGGCUUUGGAUUUGGUCAACAAGAUGGCGGAUAUGAAACACGAAAUGUCCGAGCCGAAUGAUAAGGCCGGAGAUUUGAAUUUAAAUUAUUGUAAAGAAAAAAAUGAACUUAUUGAAGAAUUGUGGAGUGUUUUGGAAGAUAUAUUUAGUCAUACGAUGGCUAUUGCUCAAGUUUGCUCACCAGAGCAGUUUAAUUUGAUGACGGGGAUCAGCAAAACCGUAAUUUGCGAAUUCGAUAAUUGGAAGCGGGAGUUUCUGAAAGAAAAAAGAGACAGGGCAUUGUUUAGUUUGUUCGGUAACACUUUUAUGGACGCAAUGUAUAGACUUGAGAGGGCUGUUAAUGUCGCGAUGCUUCAGUUGGUGAUGGAGGUAUUCAGCGAGCCUUUUAGUGCUCUAAAGAAACUCGUCAAGAUUUGCGGGAACAGUUUGAAAAAAGAGUGCAGGAGAAAAGAGGAUCUAGAAAAGGCUAUUGAGGAGUUUGAUUUGAUUACUGAUAAAGCGCUGCAGAUUGGGUUGUAUGCUGCUGCUUCUUGUGGAAAUACCACUCGCGCUCUAAGAAUCCGUAACCACAUGGCAUCACUUGAGUCCUUGGACCUCGAGCUCGUAGCAGCGAUAACUUCUUUCUACCUCGAGCCUUCAUCAGAAUUACGCUCAGCAGUAAAACUUUUGACAACUCAAUGGCAGAAUGAAAUGAACAAUCUCCACAAAUCAGUUGACCUGAUCCUCGAUCCUUCGGCCUACUGUCAAGUGGUUCUAGAAGAUUUGCAAGAGCGGGUUCAGUCCAUCUCCGAUGCCUUCGAGAAUCACCAGACAGUAACUCAGUCGCAAGUAAAAAUAAUUGUCUACCGAGCUUGCGCUCUCGCUUCUCAAAUUACCACCGCCAUUGAUGACAUCGGCAGCAACGUCAUGGAUAAACAGACGGUAAUGACUAUUCGAGAGCUCAAAGCCGCAAUUUAUGAAACUGACGCAGCUUCAAAAACUCUUUUGACCCCCACUUCAACUUUGCCUCAGCAAUUGCGAGUAAUUAAACGAUGCGAGUUACUACUAAGUGUCAUAAAACGGCUCCAGCCUGCUCUUGAAAUAAUAAAUUCUAAAGUAACGAGCUCUUUGAUGAGUAAUAGUGAAAAUUCUUCGAGUAAUGAUAGCAAGUCAUUUAUUAAAACUCCGUAUACUGUUAAAAAUUACAAGUCUACUGUCACUAUUCAAUUUGAUGAUCAAGAUAAAAUAGAUCCUUGUGAUUUAAGUUGUUUGAUUCCGUAUAUUGAACGUGGGAAGACCAUGAGAUCGGAAUUUUCUGUAUUAUAUAAAAAUAAUUGGGCUGAUGAUGAUGAUAGUGAAGAUUGCGAUGAUGAAAGAAGGGGAAAAAUUUUUUUUAAAAGUCAGACAAGAAGAUGGGGAGGGGAAAGUACAAGAAGUCGAAAAAAAAAUUUUGAUGAAAAUUUAUUGGAAAAAAAUAAAAAAAAAAAGUCAGAAGAAGAAGAAGGUUUGGAAAAGUUUGAAAAACAAAUUAGAGAAAAAAUUUCAUUAAACGACGGACAAGAAAAAAUUAAAGUAGAAAAUUUUGAUAAAAAUUAUAAAGAAAAAGAUCAUGAGGAAAAUAUGAAUUUAAGUAAAAAUAAUAAAGAAAUUUUUAAUUCUGCAAAUAAUAAAUCAAAAUUAAAACUAAGACGUAAUUUAAAUAAUAUAAGACUCCAUUUAUUUAAUCGUGAUGACUUUUCUAUUAAUAGUAUAAAUAAUGACAGUAAUGAAGAAGAAUUUAAAGAAAUAAGUUUAGACUUGACGGGAAUAUUAGAAAACAUUUCUGGUAUUUCAAUGGCAGACAGUGAAACAAGUAACGGGACCAAAAGCAAUGGAGGUCAAGAUGUAAGUUCGGUUAUUGAUAGAGAAAUGGACUAUUGUAGAGAAACUAGAGACUCUGGUGACAGCAAUUUCGCUAACGAUGGUGCUGGCGACGCGGGCAGCAUCAGCAGCAUCGACACGCCGGAGAGGAUCAAAGACAUCAAGAAAAUUGACAAGAAAAUUGAAAUUUUACAGCGACGCGUUAAUUCGAAGUAAUUUCACAAUUUUCUGCAUUUUCGAAGAUCGGUUAAUUAUUCAAAAGUUUAUCGCGUUUGUACUUAAUUAUUAUUAUUAUUUAAUGUUAUUAAUUAUGCUUAUAGUUAAUUUUAAUAUAAAUAUAUUAAAAUAUGUAUUUUGUA